CCACAGUUUGGUGUAGACUUUCAAGAUGGAUGCUUUUGCGUCGAUAGGUUUCUGUUUCUUUUUCGAAACGGACUCGUGUGGCGAUCGCCUCAGCCCGAAGACUGAGGAUCCGUUUGCGAUGUAACGGAUUUAAUCCCCGUGAAACGAUAACAGUGGAUUCAAGUGGAUAUUUUUGUGUCUACGUGUUCGGACUGUCGCUUAUUUUGUAACUUCCUGGUUGUCGCAUUAAUAUGUCUGUUGAAACUGCGGCGAAAGCUCAAGUUACGAAAGGUUUUCUGGAUUCAGCAUACAUGGGACUUUAUCAUUUUGCUGUAAUGUUUAAAACCAAGGACAACUAUUUUAAAGGAAAAGCAAAGGGAAGUCGACAAAUUUCCUAAGCGUUCAGCAAUGGAAAGUGGACAUGGUAGUGCCUCGAGUAAAGGUGUUUUAGUACCUGUCUCUGAAACUUCUGACGUCUUCCAAAACAGUAUUUUGGCUACACUUAAAAGUGCGUACUUGUAUGAGGAGUCAAAGCAGUCUUUCUGCCACAAGUCUGCUGUGUUGGUAAAAAAUCCAGCGCUGGAAGAAAAGUAUAAUGCUUUCCGAGCAAAGAGAAGAGAAGCAGGAUACUCAGAGGAGGACCUGAAUGAAUCCUAUGGUUUUUUACUGUUUGAUGAUGUCAACAAGGCUAAUGCAUUGGGAGAAACUGGUGUGCUCACUGGAAACAGCACGUGCACAACUCUGGGAGAUCCCUCACAUGGUGUUUACAUAUCAAUGUACUCUGACUGUUUGGAUCAAAAUCGCUGGUAUCAUGGGAAAUCUGGAUACAUUGCCAUCAUCAAGCUGACAAAGGGUAGAGUUAAAAAGGUUUCAGAAAACUACACCCAGAAUUUCACUGCGCCCACUGUGGGGUUUGACUGCCAUGUCUCAGAACAGUUGCCUUCAGUAUCAUCCAAAACCAGCUCCUUUCUUGCCUUUGAGAGAGCCCAGUAUUACAUGUAUGAGCAGCUAGAUGAUGAAGGAAAUGCGACAACUCAAUCUCCCAGUGCUGCCUGUCCCUUUGCCAUUGUAUCAUUUUCAUAUAAAGAUACCAAAGCAACACUUGUUGCACCACAGGAGAAAAGUGAAAAGAAGAAACACACUUGUCAUUAUGUUCCAUGGAAAGGACAGCUUCAAAUAGGCACCCAAUUCUAUAAUGUUGGGCUAAGGUCUACAGCAGGGGCCUGGAUACCUGCAGAACUGCCACCAGUGGUGAAAAUUGACCGAGCCAUAUCCAUGUUACAUAUGAGACAGCUGUUGCCAUGGGCAGUCUUUGAAACCUGCUUCUCUGGUGAAGUCUUUCUGGAUGGCUUAUACUGCAGUCUUUGUGAGCUGGUGUCUUCUGAGGCAGAAGAAACCAAAUCACUCUCUCUGCUUCUGCAGGAGAUCAAGGAGAAAGAUAUUGCUCUCCCCAUUCAGCUGAAUGAUGGUGGUUUUCUUAUCCUGUUGCACUCCUCCCAUUUCCUCACAUAUGAUGAUACUGGGUCGAGUUCAACUGAUGUCCUGCAAGGCAUGUUUGUGUUUCCAGUCUCACGAGUUAACCAGAGAGAAACAAAACUUGGGCAGAGAAAGCCUGCCAUGUCAUCUGAAGUCCUGCGAGUUCUACCGGUACUAAGUUAUGCAGAGGGUGAAGUUGAGAAAUCACCCUUUGACCCAGAUGAAGAACUGUGUGAAGUUGUGGCACAUCAUAUGCAGAGUUAUGCAGCACUGAUAAAUCCUGGGUUGGCAAGUCCUUCAAGGGAAAUCAGCAUCUUUCCAGAACAGUAUGAUGUGCCAGAUGCUCACAAGCACCUCUACUCAUCCCCAGAGUGGACUAAAAGGGCAUGGCAGAGCUUCAGGUCUUACCUGAGUAAACCAAUCUCCUUUCAACUGCCAGUGUCCAAGGCUUCAGAAAUCCUGUCGGCUGGACAAGAGGAGCAAAUAGAAGACCUUGAUGAUGAUGUCUACAUCUGUCUGUCAUCUCCUGAAGAGGCACCAGCCAAUCCUGUUAGCGUGGAGUUAGAGGACCAGCUGACAGGCCAGAGAUCUUCUGUAAACAUGGACACAUCUAUGAACAGCAGUAUAACAAGUGCUGAAGCAAAAGAGUACCUAACACCUGUGCCUCAAAAUGUUGUACCAGCUGAUUUGAAAGCUGGUACAGCAGCUGUUGACAGGGGUACAACGAGUGCUGGAACACAAAUAGACUUAACACCUGUGCCUCAAAAUGUUGUACCAGCCGGUUUGCAAGCCGGUACGUCUGUGGACUUUGGCGUAACAAAUGCUGAAGCACAAGUGGACUUAACACCUAUGCCUCAAAAUGUUGUACCAGAUAAUUUGCAAGUUGGAGAUGCAACCAAAGACACUUGCAAGUCUGAUCUGACUGUGCUGAUAAAAACUGAUAAGGGGGCAAGAAAUCUUCUGGCUCCCCCCUCGUCAGAUGACCUUCCUGCAGAGCUGAUAGUUAGCAUCACUUCAGCAGAGCGAACUGUCACUGAUGAGAGUAUAAGUAUGAUCAGUUCUGUGUCUGUAACAAAGCAUAAUGACUUUCAGCUUUCUGGUUUUUCAACAACCAAAUUACAAACUGCAGGAGUGAACUCUCUUAAUGACGAGACUGUUACAACCAAAUUAGUCUUGGAUUGCCCUGAGGUUACCAAUGUCACAAAAAAAGAACGAGGGAAAUUACGCAGGGGACAUUACAGAGGUCGGAGGAAGGUAUCCAAAGUUUGCGUUGAGACUCCCAGUUUGAAAACAGUCAAAAUACCAGUGGAGUAUGACAACUUUAACAGUCAGGAGGAAGGCGAGGCCAAGGAAUCAUCAGGCCACCCACAGUUGAGUAAUCCCUCAAAUACUGAUGGGAGGAAAGUACAAAGGGGAAAGUGCAAAUUUGGAAAACUAUCAUCAAAAAAUGUUGGUUUAGCGGUACCAAAGGAGAAAAAAUCUGACCCUGGAAAACAGAGUUUGGAAAACACCAUUUUAAUGGAACUUGAAGCAUGUCCUCUAAGAAAGAAAACGGAACGCUGGGACUUGAAGCCAGUCAUCAGCGAAUGUGGAAGAAUCUUGGUUCCUCAUGGCUCUGUAGAUAUUGCUAACCAGAUUAAGUCUUUAAAAGAUAAGCUUCAGUCAAAAGAGGACGAUCAGUGCCCUAACAAAACGUUGAUCAGGGCUUCUGUGAAUGCUUAUUGCACAGCCGAAAUGGAGCAAGAAUCCGGCACUGCUCCAGAAACCGCAGUGGACGAAACAGAGACCACAGCAUCCAAGGAUGGAGGGAACCAUCUUAAAACUCUCAGUGAUGUUAAUCCUGAACACAGUGUUCUGAGACCAUCAAAUGAUGGCAAUGGUUCAUUGACUUUGAAUCAACAUAGCAGUGAGCCUUCUUCAAAGACUGGUGUCACAACAACUACCCUCUCCCCAGGAAAAUUUGCAUCAAAGGGUGAAUUUCUGUUAAGUAAAUUGAAAUCAGUUCUUCUCAGAGGAAAGAGAAAAUCUGAUCUUGUGUCAGAGGAAACGACUGUAGAUACCACCAAAGAUGCUGAGCCUUGUCUCAAGAAGGGCAAAUUUGACUUGGGUGCUGGGAUGCCGAAGACUAAUUAUGCAAUUACAAGCAUCCAGGACACCAAUGUGUAUGUCAAGGAAGUUUCAAAGAUGCUUUCAGUUGACCCUCUUUUUGCAUAUGCCCUAGGCCUGACCCCUAAAGAGACACCAGACAAAAUAAAGAUAACUGAGGGUCAGAAUAUCCAACAAAUGAAAGACUCACCAGAGACACAAGCACAAACCAUUUUAGACAAACAACCUCAAAUCAUACAAAGGCCUCCAUCAAUCUUUCCAAGACGGGGAAGGAUUAAAAUGCUAAAAAAACAUCAAGGCAUCUCUACAGAAUAUGUUAAAAAGAAAUGGUGGUUGCAUUUUCAAACCCCAGCUUGUUUUGCCAGUGAAAAACUCAAAAACAAAGAGUGUACUAGGGAUAAUUCUAUCAGGAAGACUGUUAAGGAAAAAAUGAACAGUGCUUGCUCAUCUACAGAUGCUUUGAAUUUACUUGCUGACUUGGCACUCAGUGCCAGUAAUGACCAGGUUCCACCACAUCCAGUGCCAGCAGUUGAGAGAAAGCCUGAGACAAGUUUGAAGAAGUGUGACUUUGCAAAAGAACUUACCAUGGCUGAACAAGAGUCAGUUCUUCAUGCUCUGCUUAGAAAGCCUCCUGCUAGACCCAUGCAGCCUCUUGAGUCUCCUUCACCAAGCCAUCUUGUGGGAGGCAGUGAAUUGGUUGGUUUGGUAUCUAAAGAACAUGCUUACUCAUUGCCCCCGUCUUCCUCUCUACUGUUGGGUUUGCCAGGUACACCAUUCCAGGUAUCCCCUUUAAGUGGUUCUACCAGACUGCUGCACCAUCACCAGACAAUGUAUGGCAAUGGAAGUCAAACACUACACCCCUCUGUCGAUCAGGAAGACAGAAGUGAACAAUACCACAGGACUCCAGAAUACCUGACAAAACACAUGGGCCGCAGAAGAAAGUUCAGACACUCCCGUACCUUUGUUGGCACGGAUGGAUCUAUCCAAGUCACAAAACAGUGGAAACAAAACUAUGACUUUAGUCUAGACAGCAAGUUUACAAGUGACUCAAAGGAAAAAGCCAUCAUCCGAGCCUUGCAUGGCCCGUGGGACUUCUCAAUGCAAGACACUUGUGAAGAGGUGCGGCUCAUCGUCCACAUAUGGAUAGGUCUGUUCUACAGCAGGUCAACAGCCAGGUUUUUUCAUGCUGACCCAGACUCAUGUUCAGAAGAGAGAGAUCACUUGGAAAUGUCCAGUGGAACGGUAUCAGCCCAGGAUCAGUCUGAGCUCAAGGCCAAUUCCUUUGCUCCUUUCCCGGGUGUAUCAGACACUUCUUCAGACCCAUCGGUUUCAAAAGUUUUGGACCUCAGCAAAAAAGAUGACUCUGUCUUGGACCAAGAAUGUCAAAUUUUGGACUUGUCCCUGAGAAACUCCAAUGCAGAGAUUGUAACCUCAGAUCAACGAGUCAACAGAAGAGACGCUUCUGUGUCUGGUGAUGGGAAAGCAGCUAGUAUAACAUUGAACACACCCAAGUCAUCUGCAGGACUACAGGAGACAAGCACAAUUGAGUGUUACACAAAGAUGGAGCACUUCACAGAGAUUGCCAGUGAGGUGAAUGAUGUCAGAAGCACCUUUAAAAGUAAGAGGACUUGUCCUCCUCCACCAACAGCAGGGAGCCUGAAGCACACUGAUGUACCGUCAGGUGGAAUGUUCUUUCUCGAAAAAGAAGACAUUGGAAGUGCAUCGAGUUCGUCAGAAAAUAAUCAGACUGCUCCAGGCGUUGGCCACAUGUUACAUGGAUGCAACAAUAAGAAGACUGAUAUGAAAGAUGGAACUGAAAAUGUGGAAUCUAAAGUUGUGAAUUUAGUGACAAAACAUGAAAAGGAUUCAUCUAAAUCUGUGACAGUUGAAGAGGUAGACUCCAACAAAGGAGCAACCGAUGUGGUCCAUGAUGUUGGGCAUGAUAAAAUUGAAUUCAAAGAGGGGGAAAACUUGGAGGUGAAAGAAAAGCCAUGCCAAGAAGACAAUGUAGAGCCGUCUCUAAAAGGGAUUCAUACUAGUGAUGAUUCUAUAAAUGAAGCAUCUGGUAUAAUCUGCAAUGGUCUUUUGGAAAAUGAAAAGCAGUUGUCUUUGGAGGAACCUAUAGCAGACUCACCAGGCAAAGCUGAAAAUGUAAAUGAAGAUGAAGAUUGUUGUACAGUCAACAAAGCUAAAGUGAUCGAAGAUGAAAAUCACUCUGAAAAAGCAGAUGGAUUUCAUGAGAAAAACAGUUGUGAUACACCUGUAAAAAGAGACAGUGAUUUGAGUGUUCAACCAGUACCUAUGAUGUGUAAUGGCCCAGACUCAGUAAAGGAUGGCAUUAUAGGGUGUCAUCAAGAACCACCUUUGGAUGAGCAACCACCUCAAGCUGAGGAAGAACACGCCUCCCAUGAUUUACACUUGAGAAAACUGUGUGCAAAGGGCAGUGCGUUGACAGAUGAACAAGCUAUUUCAGAAAAAUCUCCCCCCAAAUCCUUAAAAAUGGAGCCUACAUCUAAUGUGCAUGCAGUUGAUCAAAAUUCAAAAAAUAAAAUUUGUCUGGCAAAGAAGACACAAUAUCAGAAGGCACCAUUACCAAUAUCUGAUGAGCGCAACUGUUCAUUAGAUGCUCCUUACACAGAUGGGGUUAUUCCCCAAACAAAUGAUGGCGUUGAAACCAGAAGCCAAAACAAAGUAAUGGCAGACUUAAAUGUAAGUAGUGGUGAUCAUGAAGAUGGGAAUACCCAAUCAAUCCAGGGAGAGCAAAAUGUUUAUAACAAAACUGAGAAGGAACUAUUUCAUCAUCAGUCUGAAGUUGAAGUGGCACUGGCUCAAGACAUAUAUAUCAAACAGAUCGACAAAACAACUGAGGGAUUAAAAAAGAUCCAUAGUGAGGUUGUAAUUCCAUUUAUUGGAAGAGACACUUCUGAAGAGCGUACAGUACAACCACAUGACUUACACUCACAAGGCAAGGUUGAAGAAGUUGUUCAAGGCCAGGAAGAAAUACCACUUAUCAGUGGAACUACCUACCCUGAAACUUUCAUUCCCCCAGGGGUAUGCAGUACAUCUCAAAUGUACAGUGAAAAAGUGGAGCUGUGUGCUGGCAGAAUAGCACUAUCGCUUUUUGAUAUAAGUGAAAAAAAACAGCCAGUGGCUUUGGAAAGUGAGUCUGAAGAUCGGUGCUCUACCCCAACUAUGGAUGAGAAACCAUAUGAGUACUCAAUUUGCUCUGGCCCCAGUACUCAUGCCUCUGCUUAUAGUGGUGCUGAAACCUCCAGAGACAUGGUUCAGCAAUGUCUUGACGUAGACUUGCCAUCUCAGAAGGAUGAGAUGCUUUUUGAGCAAAACAUUUGUCACAAGUCUGCAGUCAACAGUGAUGCCACACCUCUCCAUGAUCUUCACCCUGAUCUUGAGCUAAGGACUCUAAGAGUUCUACAAAGUAUAGACAAGUACCUCUCCAAAUCAAGUCACAUUGACAAAUCCAGCCAGAUUGAAACAGCUGAUAUGAAACACUCUCUUGAUCAAACCUCUAAGCCCACCAGCAAGUACAUCCCCACUUGCUUAGCACCAAGGCAUAAUUCAACUGAUUUUAUCAACAAGAAAAUAAGCAAUACUACACCAGCAGGCGUGUCAGCAUCGACCUCACAAGAGUUGCACACAGAAUCAACAGGUCAUUUUCUCAUAACACCUUUUAAAAGAAAUUUAGAAGAAGUACUUGGUGUUAAGUUGCAGCUAAAGAAAACUGACUCAUCAGUUCCUCAACACUAUUUUGAAAGGACAGAAAAACUACAGGAAACCUCUGUAGGGCAAGAUUAUUGCCAUCCCUACGCAUCUGUUCCCACUUCUAAAAGUUUGCAAGUGAUUAAGGCAAAUAUUGUUGACCAAGAAAGACAUAAAACAACAUCACAGACCAAUUUAAGCCAUGAACCACAAUCAUACAGUCAGCGCCCUGUUAUGGCAGUGAAACCAUCUAAGAGUGAUGAAAGUCAAGCAGAUAGCAUCUCUAAAGACAGACUAACUGAAAAUGCUGCAAUGUCCAAUUUUUCCCAAAACAAACCAAAGAAUACCCCUAUAGUCACACACACCACACCCACUACCAUGCUCUUGGAGAUAAAGACUGAAAAACAGAGACACUCGGAAAUACUAAGUGAUGACAAGCAAGAAGCCAAUGAGCUGUCUUCAAAGAGCAGGUGGUUAUCAAAUGUAGGUGACAGUAAGACUCGCUCAGAUAAAGCUCAAUUUGUGCAUCAAGAUUCUUUAUAUCAGCACCAAGGAAGGGACAUUUUAAAAUUCAACAAGAUUCCUUCAUUAUCUCUCCCUGGGCAGUCUUUUGAAUCUGCAAGAAGUUCCUCUAAAUGUGUCGAUGGAACCAAAGGUUUCAUGACAUAUGGUUUAGUUGAGAAAUUUGGGCAGACAACUAGAGGAAGCAUUUUGAUGGAUCAGAGGGAAUACACAGACGCAUCUAUUUCACGUGCGGAUCACAGUGAUGAUGGAAAAAUAGAUGACAGUCUCCUCCUGGAUCCUCAAAGUUCACUCAUGUGCACGGUCUAUAACACCAGCCGGAAGAGACCGUACUCUUUUCUGGAGCAAGUGUCUCAGAGGUGCCUACAAGAUGACAUCACUGAGGCGUCAAUGGAGCAGGAGUGCCUUAUCUUCUCAGAACAAAUGAAACAACUUUUGAAAAGAAGUAAGAGGGAACCCCUCAUGGACACACAUGACAAAUUACGUCUUUCUUGUACCAGUCCUGUGACUGUGCACUUUUCUAGUCUAGAGGAGCAGGAGGAUAUAGUGGAGCCCUUAAAAGCACACUUAGACACACCAUCAGUUAUUGGACAAAAAAUCAAGGUAGACAUGUCUGAUAGGAAAGACCUGUUCGACAUCACAAAGGACGAAAAGACAUUGCAUCCUCAAAAAUCAUCACAAGGAACAGGGAACCCAAUGGCACAUGCUGCUGUAUCUGACGUGACCUCAGAGUAUGCCAGACUGUAUGAAGCAAAGAUGAAUGACAUUUGUGCUGCCAAAAGGGUCCCAUCCAGGCCUAAGCACUUCAGUAUGGAUAGAGGUUACCCAAAGACUGAACCAAACAAUCAUUUCGACUUCUGUGAUCAAAUGAAGAGAGAGAUGGAGGAGAGUUUUCGCAGUAAACUGAAUUCAGUCGUGAAGAAAUCCUGUAAAACAAAGUACAGAUUCUACAUAUUAGUAACAUCGGAUGAUGCCUUCUUUGAGGAAACCAAGGUACAACUAGAAGCAGAAGGUCACACUGCUGUACAGCCCUCCGAGUUCUUCCUUGCUGAGGAUAGCUCUUCAUCUCUACUCAUCAUCCUCAGAAAUGAAGACAUUGCAGAGCACAUCUGUGAGGUCCCACGUUUGCUCGAGCUGAAGAAUUCACCAGCUGUGCAAUUUGCUGGAAUUGACGAACCAGAUGAUGUCGUGAAUCUCACCCAUCAGGAGCUCUUCACGAGGGGUGGCUUCAUAGUGUUCGACAGAGCAGCUCUGGAGCCCCUCAGCCUUUGCAACAUGAAAAAAAUGGCAGAAAUCUUGCAAAAGCUAAGCCGAAUGGAGAAGUGGAAAUGGAUGCUGCACUACAGAGACAGCCGUCGUCUAAAAGAAAAUGCGAGGUUGAGCGAAGAGGCAAGAGAGAAGAAGCAGUUCCUAAAUUCGUGCCAAGAAGCUGGAAUAUUGGAGGUCUUGCCUUAUCACGAGUGUGACCUCAUGUCAAGAGAUCGGCCCGACUAUCUCACAUGUUUGGUCCAUUUGCAGGUCCAGAACAUAUCAGCCCGUUAUCCUGUUUUCAUAACUGAUACAACAACUGACAUCAAAUUCAAGAAGAAUGGGAUUUUAACAAUGACUUUCAACUCUUUCCUGACGUGUUCUCCAAGCGAAACAUUUACAGCCUGACCUGUAAAAAGUCUGAUGGACACACUGAUGUUGUGCUUAUUCAAGAACACAGCAAUGAAAACUCAUCGGAUUUGAGGAAGGAGAAACCAGCAAUUUACCAGUAAUGAUAAUUUCAAAAAUACUUACUUUAAAGGAAUACUCCACCCGCAAAAUGACCAUUUGUAUAUCAAUUGCUCACUGUGUGUUACCUUCAAUUCGUGAAGAAAACUUUGUUUUUCUAGCAUUCCUCCAUGGUAAACUGAAAAUCCAAAAGAGGUGAACGUUCUUUAUGAAUUCAAAUAUUGGGAAUCAUGUCUGACAGCAAAAUCGUAUGAAAACAUCUGUUUACAAUCUCUCACACACAAAUCUUGUAGUGUAAUCAGAGUCCCAUUUAUCCCGUUGCAUGCUCAGUACUUGCCAAAAGCAUGUAUUAUUGAAAAACAUAAUUUGAAACAUAUCAGUACCAGAAGUCAUGUACAGAAGUCAUGUCAUGUACAGACGAGUAGUGUGUCUGACUACAGGUGUGUGUUUAAAUUUUGCUCAGGCGGAGCUUAUACUCUCACAUGUUCAGUGUCCAAAACGGCUGUUCUUUGAAUGACCACUUGAGCCUAGUUCAAGAAGCCAGAAAAUCCCCACAGACCGCUAGUUGCUAGUUUCCCCCAUCAUGACAAGAGUACAGGGGGUCAAAUUUUAUAUUACUAACCUGUUUGCAUUUUAGGCUUAAAGUUACAUAUAAUUAAGGUGAGGCCUCUUUGAAUGACAGGCAGUCUGCCGAUGUGUCCUCGGCCUCAAUCGGAUCCAGCCCUCGCUCCUCCACGGAGCUGGAGGCUUCAGACCAUGAGUCCUCAAACCAUUGAGGGAGGUCAUGCUAGCUCCGUCCAUUAUUUAAUACGGUCUAUUGGUCAGGCACGCUCAGGGUGUGCUACUUGAAGGCGAAAGUGUUUUAAAUUGUACGUUUUUACAAAGAUGAAUGUUUUCAGAAAGCACAGAGCAAACAACUGGAUAAAUGAGACUAACAUUAUACUGCAUGAGUUUAUGAGAGUUUGUAAACAGAUGUUUUUAAAUGUUUUUGAUUGAUAAACAUGGUCCCCUGUGACUUCAAUUCAAUUUCUGGAGUCUCGGUUCACAUUGCAGGCGUGUUAGAAAAACAAAGUAUUCUUCACAAAUACAAGGCAACAUGUGGUGAGUAACUGAUGGACAAGUAGUAUUCUGUUUAUUUUCUUGAGUACAUAAGUUCAGCUUAUAUAAAUGGAGCAAUAAUUAUUCAGUUAUUAUUUGACUUUUUUUUGUUUCAUUUAUCAACUAAGUUAUCAUUUAGUUAAUGAGUAUUGACAGCGAUGCCAAUAUACAGGCGGGUGUACUGUAAAUACUGUACGCAUUUUGUAUUUUAUUUUUAUCGUUAAUGGUUUUUUUACUGUGUAUAUUUUGUUUCCAAUCCUGACUUGAUACAUUUGCUGCACAAUCGUUAUUAGUGUUUGUUUUUAGGUACAAACAAAUUUGAAACAUAGCUAAAUUAGCUUGUUUGUAUAUUUUAUAUAUUUAAGUAUAUAACUGUACACUGUUAUGGUUGUUGACAGUGAUUAUUAACUCAUGAGUGUUGAGUAGUUGCAGCUCAACAAUUUAACAUUAUUACUCAGUGCUUAAUAUGUUUAUAUUUCAUAACUUUGUUGAAAGCAUUUUGAGUGAGAAUAAAGCAGUUUCUUUAAUUGUUUUCUUCAAAAGCAAGAAAACAUCGACACAGGCUGAA